AUGGGAAACAUUAUUUCAAGUAAACUAACCCACCUACAGAAUCUAUUUGAAAAUCGUGAGGGUGAGACAAUAUUUGAGAAAGACCGAGUGGACCAAGCAAAACGUAUUCUUAAACCGUUUGUCCUUCGUCGACUUAAAGUUAAUGUUCUUAAACAAUUACCCAACAAAACGGAACAUAUUAAAAAGUGCCCCAUGGAAAAUGAACAAGAAUUCAAGUAUAUGGAACUCGUUGAAAAUUAUACUCGAGAGUAUCGAUAUAGUGGGAAAAAUAUUUACGAAAAUGGUGGUGACGAACCUGAUGAGAGUUUUGUCAAGUACCGAAAGGGAGCAGCCAUGUUGAUGGAAUUAAGGAAGGCAGCUAAUCAUCCACUUCUACUGAGAAGAUAUUACGAUCUGAGCAAACUUCGAGAAAUGGCCAAGAUCAUCGUAAAAGAACCAGCUCAUCGUGAUGCCAGAGUUGAUUAUGUCUUUGAAGACAUGGAAGUGAUGAAUGAUUUUGAACUUCACAAUUUAUGUUGUAAACAUCAAUCAUUAGAGAGAUUUAGAUUAACCAACGAUUUUAUCCUCAAUUCUGGUAAAUUCAAAGCCCUUGACGAUUUACUGCCUUUCUUUAAGAAACGAAACCAAAGAGUUCUGAUUUUCAGUCAAUUCGUCAUGAUGCUUGAUAUUAUGGCAGAAUAUCUUAAAGACCCAUCGUCAUUUUCAAUGGUAAAAGUGUAA